GAAACGUAUCUACAUGCUUAUCAUUCGUAUUACAUUCGUGGCGAUAGUGACGUGUCGUCCAUCGUGUCAAAAGUUUAAAGAAUUUGAAGAGAGUGAUGUUUAAUUAAUUGCAUAAGUGUGUCCACCUAAUAUUCGGAAUAAAAACAAAAAUAUGUUAACGAAGUUCGAGACAAAAUCCGCUCGAGUGAAAGGCCUGUCCUUUCAUCCGAAACGUCCCUGGGUGCUUGCAAGUCUGCACAAUGGCGUCAUCCAGUUGUGGGACUACCGUAUGUGCACUCUGCUCGACAAAUUCGACGAGCACGACGGGCCGGUCCGAGGCAUAUGUUUCCACAAUCAGCAGCCGCUGUUCGUUUCCGGCGGUGACGAUUACAAGAUCAAAGUCUGGAACUAUAAGCAACGAAGAUGCAUCUUCACGCUGCUGGGUCACCUGGACUACAUCAGGACCACGAUGUUCCAUCAGGAGUAUCCCUGGAUCCUCAGCGCAUCGGACGAUCAGACCAUACGGAUCUGGAACUGGCAGAGCCGCACUUGCAUCUGCGUACUGACCGGGCACAAUCAUUACGUAAUGUGCGCCCAAUUCCAUCCCACGGAAGAUAUCAUCGUGUCGGCUUCGUUGGAUCAGACUGUCCGCGUGUGGGACAUCUCUGGAUUGCGCAAGAAGAACGUGGCGCCCGGGCCGGGCGGUCUCGAGGACCACCUGAAGAAUCCCAGUGCGACCGACUUAUUCGGCCAGGCGGACGCGGUGGUGAAGUACGUGCUGGAAGGUCACGACAGAGGCGUGAACUGGGCAUACUUUCACGGUUCAUUGCCGUUAAUCGUCUCCGGGGCCGACGAUCGGCAGAUCAAGAUGUGGCGUAUGAACGACGCCAAAGCGUGGGAGGUGGAUACUUGUCGCGGUCAUUACAACAAUGUGUCCUGCGUGCUGUUCCACCCUAGACAGGACCUCAUACUCUCCAAUUCGGAGGACAAGAGCAUCCGCGUCUGGGACAUGACGAAGCGCACGUGUUUGCACACAUUCAGGCGGGAACACGAGAGAUUCUGGGUGCUAGCCGCCCACCCGACCCUGAACCUCUUCGCCGCCGGCCACGACUCCGGAAUGAUCAUCUUCAAGCUCGAAAGGGAGCGUCCUGCGUACGCGGUCUACGGAAACUUCCUGUAUUAUGUGAAGGAUCGUUUUCUGCGCAAGCUGGACUUCACUACGUCGAAGGACACGUCGGUGAUGCAGAUUCGAGGCGGCGGGAAAACACCGCCCUACAGUAUGUCGUACAAUCAGGCGGAAAACAGCGUCUUGGUGUGCACUAGAUCACCCUCGAACAUCGAGAACAGCACAUAUGACUUGUACAUGAUACCGCGCGAAGGUGAUACGAGCACAGAUGCCGACACUAAACGGGCGUCCGGUGUCACCGCCAUCUGGGUCGCCAGAAAUCGAUUCGCCGUUUUAGACAGAGCAUAUUCGAUAGUCAUCAAGAAUUUGAAGAACGAGGUUACGAAGAAACUGCAAUUGGUUCCCAACUGCGACGAUAUAUUUUAUGCCGGCACCGGCAUGCUGCUUCUACGCGAUUCGGACCAGGUGACGUUGUUCGACGUUCAGCAGAAGAGAGUCCUGGCGGAGGUGAAGAUCGCCAAGUGCCGCUACGUCGUGUGGUCCAGCGACAUGUCUCACGUCGCCUUGCUGGCCAAACACAUCGUCAACAUCUGCAAUCGUCGAUUGGAGCCCCUCUGUUGCAUACACGAGAACACCAGAGUCAAAUCUGGCGCUUGGGACGAUUCCGGCGUGUUUAUUUACACAACUAGCAAUCACAUCAAGUACGCGAUCAACAAUGGCGAUCAUGGCAUUAUCCGCACGUUAGACUUGCCGAUAUACGUGACGAGAGUGAAAGGCAAUCAGGUUUACUGUCUAGACCGGGAGUGCAGGCCGAGAAUUCUGCGGAUAGACCCGACAGAGUACAAAUUCAAACUCGCGUUGAUCAACAGGAAGUACGAAGAGGUCUUGCACAUGGUACGCACUGCGAAUCUCGUCGGGCAAUCUAUCAUAGCGUACUUACAGCAAAAGGGUUAUCCAGAAGUGGCGCUCCACUUCGUGAAGGACGAGAAGACCAGAUUCGGGCUCGCGCUCGAAUGCGGGAACAUCGAAGUGGCAUUGGAAGCGGCGAAAUCGUUGGAUCAGAAAUCAUGCUGGGAGAGUCUGGCUCAAGCCGCUCUGCUGCAGGGCAACCACCAGAUCGUUGAAAUGUGCUAUCAGAGGACCAAGAACUUCGAGAGACUGUCUUUCCUCUAUCUCAUAACAGGCAAUCUGGAGAAGCUGCGUAAAAUGAUAAAAAUCGCAGAAAUUCGCAAGGACGUGUCCGGACAGUAUCAAGGCAGUUUAUUGCUUGGCGACAUUUACGAGCGAGCUAAGGUCUUGCGGAGUUCUGGACAAGCAUCAUUGGCAUAUGUCACCGAAAAGAUUCACGGGAUAUCCAACGAAGACGACGACAUCGAGUAUAAGUCAAUGAACGAGGAACUUUCGUCGCUUGAGAAAGACGCUGUAUACUUGUGUCCACCGGUACCGAUACAACAGGCCGAGAACAAUUGGCCGCUGCUAACCGUCUCCAAAGGCUUCUUCGAGGGCGCGAUGAUGUCUCGCGGCAAGAGUCAGGUGGCCGCCGCUUUGGCUCCAGAAGAGAACGACGAGACAACAGCUGAUGGAUGGUGUAACGAUGAGCUCGGAAUAGACGAGGAGGACGAAGAGAACGGCGAGACGAGGAUUGUCGCCGAAGGUGAAGAGAGCGCGGGAUGGGACGUCGAGGACGUCGAUCUUCCGCCGGAAUUGGAGGUCACGACGGCCUCCAACGAAGAUGGCUAUUAUUCUCCUCCUACUAAAGGCGUGCCACCGACGCAGCACUGGAUUAAUAACUCUCAGUUGGUGAUUGAUCACAUAUUGGCGGGCUCGUUCGAGUCCGCCUUCAGAUUGCUGAAUAAUCAGGUCGGCGUGGUGGAGUUCGGGCCGUAUCAAUCCCUGUUCCUGAACACGUACGCCCGUUCCAGAACGUCCUUCGCCAGUCUGCCCAACAUACCGUCAUUGUACGGAUACCCUCAGAGGAAUUGGAAGGACGCUACGCCGAAGACAAGCAUGCCCGCUGUAGGACUACAUCUCGCCAAUCUGGUUCAACGUCUUCAGGUGUGCUAUCAGCUGACGACCGCCGGCAAGUUCACGGAGGCGAUAGAGAAGCUGCAGGCCAUCCUGCUGAGCGUACCGUUGCUCGUCGUAGACACCAGGCAGGACAUUGCGGAGGCUCAGCAGCUGAUUCAAAUCUGUCGCGAGUAUAUCUUGGGUCUGAAAAUGGAAACUGAACGUAAGAACAUGCCGAAGAACACGCUAGCCGAGCAGAAGAGAAUCUGCGAGAUGGCGGCAUACUUUACGCACUGCAAUCUGCAACCGGUACAUCAGAUACUCACUCUGAGAAUAGCUGCGAAUAUAUUCUUCAAGUUGAAGAACUACAAAACCGCUGCUUCAUUCGCGAGAAGAUUGCUCGAGCUCGGGCCAAAGCCCGAACACGCACAGCAAGUUCGAAAGAUUCUGCAGGUUUGUGACAAAAAUCCCGUCGACGAGCAUCAAUUAGCAUACGAUGAGCACAAUCCGUUCUCGUUGUGCGCGAGCACGUACACUCCUAUUUAUAGAGGAAAGCCGGAAGUGAAGUGUCCCUUAUGUGGUGCCAGCUAUACUCCACUGUUUAAGGACACAGUGUGCAAGAUAUGUGAGGUUGCUAUGAUAGGCAAGGAAUGUAUUGGGCUUAAACAGGGCCGAUCUUAAGAUAAUUGGUGGCCUUUGCGUAUAUUCGAAGUUAAUUUUAAUAUUCAUGUUUUCUCUAAUAUUAUACAGAUAUAAUUAGUAUAUACAAAUACAUUGAAAUCGUUUUAUUAUAUUUUAUUUAAGGCUCCUGAUCAGUCAGUCAAGAACUCCGCAUUGACGGCGGUAACACGAUUGUAAACGGCAAAAUGAUGGACUGUUAGGCGAAAAAUAGAUCUGCUCGUUUCCGAAGAACUUGCGUUAGUGCAGACUAUUGCGAUAAGAGAGAAUUAGAAUGAAAGAAAGUAUACUUGUUUCUAACUUUUUGCACUAGUGCAAGUUUAUCAAAAACGAACAGAUUUAAUGAUGUAAAUGGAUCAAUUUUUUCCUGCAAACUAUAGUGUUAUUGUAGUGUAUGCAUAUCAUGUGGAGUACAAUUGGAAAUAUGGAAAUGUUCCAGAUACUGUGUUUAUUGUGAUAUUUAAUAUAUUAUUCGGUCAUAUUCGAGUACACAUAGCUGAUUUUCUAUCAAAAGGAGACGAUUUGUUACAUUUGUUUUGCAGUUAUCUAGUAGUUAUUUGGACAGAAGUAACUCUGGAAGUAUCCAGAUUUGAGUCUUAAGAGUAUCUGGAAGAAUACUCUGGAAGUAUCAAGAGUAUUUCACAAUUGUGUAGAACAGAAUGCAAAUGUCAAUUAUUUAUCAUUAUUUAAUGGUAUAUUCUUUUAUUCAGCCGUAGUUCGCAGGAAUUUUGGGCAUGAUUUUUUUUCGCUUUUAAUGUCAUCAAUCUAAUGUAUGGUCGCGUAUGACUGGUCAGAAGCCUCAAGCAUAUGAUAAAUGUGCAAAGACCAAACAUUCACAUACCGUUAUGCCAGCGUAUUGAGCUUGACAAUUUAAUGUUAAGAGAAACAAAUUUUGAUAGUACCUUCUCCGUUCUAUUGAAUAAAAUUGAUGGGAUAAAAAGGAUACUGAGAAAAAAAAGACUAUUUCUCAAUCUUAAACUGUUUAGUUUUAUUCUGGAGACGCUUGGCUGUUAUGUAUCUUAAACAUAAUCAAGUGACGUAUUUAGCUAAUUAAUUUUUGUAUAUGUAUCAGUGGUACAGUUUACAAUAACAUCCGCGAUAUAUUGGCAUGAAAAAGCCACAAUUUUUAGUUGUCUCACGAUUGUUAAGUGGGCCUGAGAAUAAUUGCAACUACUGACAUUUCUACUUUUCAUCAUCCAAUACAUGUAUCUGAAUGUUGUAUUUAUACAAUGCAGUAUUGGCUAGUUGUAUAACUUGUAGUUAUCUCGGCGUACACAUCACAUAUAGAUAUGUAUGCGUAUCUACAGCGCGAUAUUAUAUAUUUCAAUGCA